AUGAGGUACUCUUACUCUUCAUUCUUACCGUUCCACCCAUCUCUCAGCUUCGGACGUGACGCCGCUCCGGAUCUUCCUCUUCGUCAGAUUGCUUUAUCACCCCGGGCGUCUAGGCGAUAUCAUGAGGACUACCGGUUUAUGUCUCCACCACAUUCCACUUCAACGAAGCAGUCUGGGUCUAGUUCUUUUGAGAAACUACCUCAGUCACGCGUUGCUGGACGGAAGUCUUUGUUUGAGCUCAAACGGAUGGGGCAUCAUUACGAUCGUUCCCGGUCACCGAGCCAUACUGCAUCAUCCAUCCGACCGAACUCGUCUUUCCGCGAUUACGACUCAAGCGGUCCGGAGUUUAUCUGA